UUUAGUAUUCCGCGCUCGGUACUCCGAGAAGAAUGUGAUCGAGUAUAGUGUCACAAUUGACGAAAAAGCGAGUUGAGCCAUAACAAAGACGUUUGUUUGUUUCACUGCCGGUGACAGUUAAUCGCUGCCUGCUGCAUUCGCGCCAAACGUGGGUGAACGGGGUUGACCAAUUAAGAUACAAAAACACGGGUUCGUAGUGCUAGUGUGGCAGGUGAUAAGGAAGUUCGUCCCAAAUUCCGCCACACCUCCUCCCCACUAAUAAACAAAAAUAAAUACACAUUCUACGUACAAGAAAUUAUUCAGAGGUUUUUCACCUUAACCGACAACUAACCGAAAACAAUAAAAAAAAUCACUGAAACGAAAAGUUUUGAAAACGAAAUACAAAAACCUGUCUGGCUAACUUUGUUGCACUAAUUUGAGAUGUGGAUGUAUGCUACUUAACUGAUUACAGACUAGCAAAUCCAAACUAAAAGAGAAAAAGUCUAACAGUCGCCGGCAUAGGCAAGCGUUUGGCAAAAACUGUUAAUGCGUUCCAUGUCACAGUGUCCCGCUCAGCUGCUACUCAAAUAAACCAUAAAUAGAGUGGACUCUUAUUCGCAUUACGACGAAGAAGUCACCGACCUGACUUUGACUUAAGGCGGCUCAAUUUGCCAAGAUUAGAACUAAGCAGAUCCCCGAACAAAGCUGGAGUAACAUCCACCGCAAAGGAAAAGAGAUCAGUGGAUAUCCAAGACGAGGCAAUCAAUUUAGCAAAAUGUAUUUUUCGUGAAUCGGUAAUUUGCAGUAAACACCACCACCCACCCGGCGUACUAACCAAACAGGCGAUUGCGUUGAUGCUUUAGAUCUACCUCGGCCCCGUUCUUACACUAGGCAAAAUCAGGCUUGCACCCCAUUUGUUGUUCGACUAUUCAUUCAAACUGGCGGAGAAGGAAGGACACUUUUCACUUGCAACGGGAUCCUAUGGCGGCAGCUCCCAGCAGUUGAGCAAACGCAGACGCAUCUAUGCCUCCACUGGGAGCGCUGCUAACAUCACCAUGGAUCGCGAGAGCCUGAGUGAAUGGGCCAAAGAUAAACCGUUGAGCAUAUUGCAAUUGGAUCCAGCAGAUCGUGCCGUUCUUCGCAUAGCGGAUGAACGCGAUGCCAUUCAAAAGAAGACAUUCACAAAAUGGGUCAACAAACAUCUGAAAAAGACAUACACAAUGUUACAUGUUUGUGUCUACACAAAUGGGGUUCCCUGUUGUCCACUGUCUGCCGCCAAUAGACGUGUUGAGGAUUUAUUUGAAGAUUUACGAGAUGGACACAAUUUGCUCUCUCUCUUGGAAGUGCUUUCUGGCGAACACUUGCCGAGGGAAAAGGGAAAAAUGCGCUUCCACAUGUUACAAAAUGCACAAAUGGCCUUAGACUUUUUACGUUACAAAAAGAUCAAAUUGGUGAACAUCAGAGCAGAGGAUAUUGUCGAUGGCAAUCCUAAAUUGACACUGGGUUUGAUCUGGACCAUUAUUUUACACUUCCAGAUCUCCGAUAUCGUUGUUGGCAAAGAAGACAAUGUAUCAGCACGUGAGGCACUUUUGCGUUGGGCCCGUCGCUCUACUGCUCGGUAUCCGGGAGUUCGUGUCAACGAUUUUACAUCGUCAUGGCGCGAUGGUUUGGCAUUCUCUGCCCUGGUUCAUCGUAAUCGACCGGACUUGCUUGACUGGCGAAAGGCAAGAAACGAUCGGCCAAGAGAACGUCUGGAGAAUGCAUUCCACAUUGUUGAAAAGGAGUAUGGUGUGACCCGUCUAUUAGAUCCCGAAGAUGUUGACACCAAUGAGCCCGAUGAGAAGUCAUUGAUCACCUAUAUAUCAUCAUUGUAUGAUGUGUUCCCCGAACCACCUUCCAUACAUCCACUCUAUGACAUGGAGUCACAACGCCGCGUCCACGAAUAUCGUGACUUGGCGAAGCAAUUCAUCUCUUGGUGCCGCGAAAAGACUGCCUAUUUGCAAGAUCGCUCCUUCCCGCCCAAUUUGAUCGAAUUGAAACGUCUGCUGGGCGAUCUGCACAGUUUCGGCAGCGAUGAGGUGUCGGCUCGCAAAAGAGAAAAAUCAAAACUAGUACAAAUCUACAAAGAACUCGAGCGUUACUUCGAGAUUGUGGGCGAGAUUGAUGUCGAAGCCGAGUUAAGGCCCGAGGCCAUAGAGAAGGCCUGGUAUCGCAUGCAGACCGCGUUGCAGGAUCGUGAUAUGAUUCUACAACAAGAAAUUGAGCGCUUGGAGCGCCUGCAACGUCUUGCCGACAAAGUUCAACGUGAAAUCAAGCAUGUUGAUAUGAAAAUAACCGAUUUGGAAACUCGCAUUACCGAGGAAGCCCGGCACAUUGAGACGCUCCAUCCCGUCAAUGCUAAGAACAUAGUUGAGUCCUUGGAAACGGAAAUCCGUCAUUUGGAGGAGCCCAUACAGGAGAUGAAUCAGGACUGUCACAUCUUGAAUGAGGGACGCUAUACCCAUGCCGCCGAACUACACAAAAAAGUAAACAAAUUGCACCAACGUUGGGCUCAGCUCAGAACUACAUUCCACACAGUACUUGUACAGAAGUUAUCAGGUCUAAAAUAUCCCGUCCAUGAGAAAACCACCACGCGCCAACAACGCGUUGUGGUUGAGUCACGUCAAAUCGAAACCAAUCCCUACUUCAGGGAUCUGCAAGAACACAUUGAGUGGUGCCAAAACAAAUUGAAACAAUUGCUUGCCGCCGACUACGGCUCCGAUUUGCCCUCGGUCAAAAAAGAACUAGAUCGCCAACAGCACGAGCACAAGGACAUCGAUCAAUUCCAUUCCAAAAUACUCAAAGACGAACACCAACAGACCAAGUUCUCCGGCGACGAAUUGACGUUGUACCAGCAGCGCCUCAACCAGCUACAAAAGGUCUAUGCAGAGCUCUUGAGCACAUCCACCAAGCGUCUUUCCGAUUUGGACACAUUGCAACACUUCCUGGCGCAAGCUUCGGCCGAAUUGCAAUGGCUGAAUGAAAAGGAGCAAAUUGAAAUCACCCGAGAUUGGGCCGAUAAAAAUUUGGAUUUGUCUUCAGUGCACAGAUACUAUGAGAACCUGAUGUCCGAAUUGGAAAAACGUGAAUUACACUUUGGCACAAUACUCGAUCGUGGAGAAACGCUGCUCAAUCAACACCAUCCCGCCUCCAAGUGCAUUGAAGCUCACUUGACCGCCCUGCAGCAGCAGUGGGCUUGGCUGUUGCAAUUGACUUUGUGUUUGGAGGUGCAUUUGAAACAUGCCACGGAAUAUCAUCAAUUCUUUGCAGAAAUCAAGGAUGCCGAACAGUGGCUAAGUAAACGUGAUGAAAUCCUAAACAGCGAGUAUUCGAAAUCAGAAUUUGGGCUGGAUCAGGGUGAAACUUUGCUGCGUGGCAUGCAGGAUCUGCGCGAGGAAUUGAAUGCCUUCGGCGAUACCGUGGCCACCCUCCAACUUCGUGCGCAAACUAUUGUACCUUUAAACAAACGACGUCAGCCAGUGAAUCGUCAAAGUCCCGUCCAGGCCAUAUGUGCCUACAAUCAGCAAGGUCAAAUUCCAGUCGAAAAGGGAGAAACGUGCACUCUAAUGGACAACUCGGGACGCGUCAAAUGGCGGGUGCGUACCACCAAGGGCCAAGAAGGCCUAGUGCCAAGUGCUUGCUUAUUAAUGCCACCGCCGGACAAGGAGGCCAUUGAUGCUGCCGAGCGUCUGAAGCGUCUGUUCGACCGUUCUGUCAGUCUUUGGCAAAAGAAACAUUUACGCUUGAGACAAAAUAUGAUUUUUGCCACAAUCCGCGUUGUCAAGGAUUGGGACUUUGAGCAAUUCUUGGCCAUGGGACCCGAACAGCGCACUGCCAUACGCAGGGCAUUAAAUGAUGAUGCCGAUAAACUGCUGAGUGAAGGCGAUCCCAAUGAUCCACAGCUAAGGCGUUUGAAGCGCGAAAUGGAUGAGGUCAAUCGUUUGUUUGACGAAUUCGAAAAGAGGGCAAGAGCAGAAGAGGAAAGUAAACAGGCCAGCCGCAUAUUCACUGAAGAAUGCAUAACUAUCAAGGGCAAACUGGAAGAUAUGGCCCGUGAGCUGGAGCAGAUCAUCAGUGCUCCUUUGCCCAGGGAUUUGGAUUCUUUGGAACAUGUUUUGGAAAUCCAUUCCGAUUACGAGCGACGUCUUCAGUUGUUGGAGCCCGAAUUACAGCACUUGCAAGAGACAUUCCGCACAAUUGCCCUAAAAACGCCAGCGCUCAAAAAGAGUCUGGACAAUUUAAUGAUAUUGUGGAAGGAAUUGAAUACCUUGAGCAAUUUACACAAGGACCGUUUGAAACUGCUGGAAGCAUCUCUGGCUGGCCUAGAGGAUAAUGAGCAUUUUAUAUCGGAAAUCGAAAAUCAACUAGCCAAACACCAGGAUCUGCCAUCGACACCCGAACGCCUGGAAAUGGUUUUCAAACAGUUGACACACAUGCAAGAUUUGAUAACACAGCAGCAGCCGCAAAUGGACAAGAUGACCGAUGCUGCGGAUCAAUUGGGACGCAUGGGAGUGCCCACGAAGGUUUUGGGUGAUUUGAAACGUUUACAUGCUAAUGUCGAACGUUUGAAUACUCGUUGGAGUUCGAUUUGCAACCAAUUGGCAGAAAGAAUGCGUUCAUGCGAGAACGCCAUCGGCCUUAUGAAGAAUCUGCAAUCAAGCGUACAAGUCGAAGAAUCAUGGGUAGAUGGCACAACUGAGAGACUGUCAGCCAUGCCAACGGCAACCUCAGCAUACGAAUUGGAUAAAUUGCUGGGAGCUGCUAUCGAACGAAAACCCAAAAUCGAAAAUGUCAACUUGGCUGGAGGCAAAUUGAUAAGGGAAGCUAAGAUUUACGAUGGUAAAUGUAUGCGCUUCAUCGACUGGUUGCUGGAAGUUCGUCCUUCAUUUUCGCCGCCCCGUCGAGAUCUACGUCCGGCGGAUAGUGAUCCCGGUGCCACACAGUAUUACAGUCAACGUUUGGACAUACUAAAUACGAAAUACGAUCGACUAUUGGAACAAUUAUCGCAGCGUCUAAAGACGGCUAUUGAAGUCAAUGGUAGCGAUGGUUUGCAAUAUGCUGAAAGUCUGCAGAAACCACUGAAAACCUUCCGCGUGGAUUUCAGCAACGCCAACAACGUACCGACUGGCGAAGGUUACGUUGCACGCGAUGCAGAUCUCUUUACAACGACAUACAGCACAACACAAUUUAGCACAACAAAAACCACAAAGAGUGUCUAUGACGCUACCGAUUAUGUACACACGACAACUACUACAAAUGGAACAGCUGGGCCUGUUCCCGCCACCACAUCGAAACAGUCGCAAAUACAAUUCAACGAAAUUCAUAGUCUGAAGAGGGUGCAGACUAAAAACGAAAAUGUUGGCACCACCACCACCACCGAGUUUGUGGGGGGCACGAAUGUUAAGCACUUGUUGGAUAUGACCGGUAUACGAGACCCGCGCACGGGUCGUGUUCUAACCAUUGGGGAUGCGAUACAAAUGCGUUUGCUGGAUGUUCGCACUGGCGAAAUGUUGGUGGGCGAUAAACGCAUUUCCCUGGAGGAGGCUGUCAAACAGGGCUUGAUCGAUGCCAAAUUAGCCCACCAAUUGCUGCAGCCAGGAGCUGCUCGUGAUGGGCGUGACGGCAGAGAACUCUCGCUAUUGGAAGUGAUACAGCGAGAGAUAACGGAAGCCGAGACGGGCUACGAGACUGCCGAGAAACGCAUUAAGGUAACUGUAGACGAGUCUCCCGAUGCUGAAAAUCCGAAAAAUAUUGCCGAUGCCAUUUCUGCUGGAAAUGUUGAUACAAAGACGGGGCUAUAUCGCGUCAAGUCAGGAAAGACCAUAACAUUGGCCGAGGCUUACGAACGCGGUUAUCUGAUCCGACACGAAUCGGUGACUAUAAAAUCCAAUGCCUUGUGCCUGAGUGAUGCCAUCGCGCAUGGUCUGGUGGAUACAGCUGGCUGGAUUGCUGAUCGCAACUCGGGUGAUAAGUUUAGACUCGACUCGGCAAUAGCAAACCAAUUAAUCGAUCCGAAUAUUCGCGAAGUUGUGGAUGCCAAACGAGAUAUCAAGAUCACGCUAACGGAAGCUCUUAAUUCGGGAAUACUAAAUCCAAAGACCGGUCGUUAUUGGAAUGAGGUUACGAAGGAGAAAUUGACAUUUAUCGAGGCCAAAAAUCGACAGCUCAUUGUAAAACCCUAUACACUGAAGGACAUCUGUGACUUGAAUCUGUUGGACAAGCAGUCAAUGAUCACCAGUCCCAUGCGACGCGAGAAGCUGAGCAUAAUGCAAGCAAUUGAAUCGGGUGUCCUAGAUGGGAAUAAUUUGAAGUGUAUUACCAAACGCAAAGGGGAAUUAGUGACACUGCAGGAAGCAAUAGCCGAUGGCAUUGUUCUACCAGCAGAGUCCAGGUAUAGGGACUACAUGACUAGUGAGGUUCUUUCCAUACCCGAGGCUGUGGAGCGCGGCCUGAUUAGCAGUGUCUCGCAGAAAUCGAUAUUCGACAUCGAUGGCUUUAAGGAUAUGCGUAGCAAUGAUUUUGUUAGUUUCAAUGUUGCCUUAUCGCGGGGAAUUUUACGUAGGAAGAGUAAUGGAUUUGCCUUAGAGACUAGUCGUGAUACUCAGGUGCCUUUAGAAGUAGCUUUGAACGAAGGCCUUAUCCGGCCCGAGGUGUACGAAAUGUUUAACAAGGGCAUUGGCGUUCACAACGCCAGUGGCAAAGAAUUGAGCGUCUUUGAUUUAUGCUAUCACAGUUUAAUAGACCCCAAAACCGGUUAUCUUUUGGAUCCUAAGGCCGAAGAAACUCUGCCUCUUGACCUAGCCAUUGAGCGCAAGUUCAUAACCGCAGAAGGUGCCCUCUUGCUUAGUAGCCUCUUGAACAUCACCCUGACCACGGAGACGGUGACGAGGACAAUUAAUCGUUACGUUACAAUAAGAGCCAGUUCUCAGGAACCGCUGGAAACCACCAUAGUUUUGACAUUCACCGAAGCACUUCGCCAAGGAUUCAUAGACGAAGAAAGACAAUUAUUCAAGGAUCCCAAAACUGGCAACAUCUAUUCGGUGCAACAAUCUCUAAGCUAUGGCCUUUUGCAACCGGACGCCAAUGAGACAGUACCUGAGCCAACGAAUCGCAAGAAAACCAAAUCGACCAUAACGAUUGUGACCAAGCAAAUAGUGCCUGAAUCGGAGCCAAUAAAGUUAAAUACUCAGAAUUUUAUAGAGAAAUCGGUUGAGAUACCCAUCGCAGAGGAGGUAAGAAAGCCAGGCAAGAUUAGCACCGAUUUUAUUCAGAGCGAAAAGACAUCCUACGUCCAGCAAAAUGUGCGAGAAAGGCAGAUAAUAGAAUUUCCGCCAGGCGGUUGGCCAUUGAAGGACGCCAUCGAGCAGCAGUUGUUCAAUCCCGACACAGGUGUAUUUCAUAUCAAGAACACCGAAAGGGCGGUCACCUUCGAGGAAUGCAUUAACAAAUACAUUAUCAACAGUUUGUCAGUGUCGGUGAUAGACCCCCGCACGGGGGAGAAGUUGUCCAUUCGCAAUGCCUUUGAGAGAGACAUUAUCGACUCGUACGGUAGCUAUACGAACACCAACGACGAUGUUGAAACAAUGCGUUCAGCAAUAAGCCAGGGCAAGAUUAUUUUGGAGCAUGUACCCUCAACCAAAACAUCAGCUCGCGAACAAUGCAUACUGCGCGUAAGCAAAAUAAACAAUUUACCUGAAAUAGUUGAAAUUUCGACGCCUCUUUUGUCGGGUUCUUCGCAGAAAUUUGUAGAGGUCCGUACAGUUCAGAGGGAGUUAACCUCUCCAGAACCCCUGCAAAUCGCUCCCGGUGCAAUUUAUGACCCGUCCACAGCGCUAGUGAUAUUUACACACAAUGGUCAGACCGAAAACAUUUUCGAUGCUGCCCGCCAUGGUUUGAUUGACGAAUCACUAAUCCGUAUUGUCGAUCCGCAAACUAAAGAAGUCAUUUCAAUAAGUGAAGCCUUAGCCCGUAAUAUUUAUGAUCCGCAAAACGGAACUAUUUUAACGGACGAUACUUAUGCUGUAGAUAUUUUGACGGCCAUACAAAAGGGUCUGAUAGUGGUGGCCGGUGCGCCCUUAGUCGCAGCUGAAGGUGCCUUGCGCACCAUCCGUUUCGUUACAGAUCCACGCACAGGCGAACAAAUUCCCGUGGAAGUAGCAUACGAACGGGGCAUUGUCUCAAGAGAUCAGCUCAGAAAAACAAAGUCCGUUGAAAGUGACGCUUCCGAAGACAAGGUUGUUGUGCUGCAAAAGAUGCGCAAAAUGAUUUUGAAGCCUGACGAUGCUUUCAAGAAAGGCAUCAUUGAUGUGGUGGCACGUGACAUACUGGAGAACAAAGACAACUUCUUGGGUGAUAACAAUGAAGUACUCAACAUUACGGAAGCAUUGCAACGGGGACAAAUUGAUGGUAGCAAAGGCAAGAUUGCCGAUCCCCAACGUAAUCGCUUUUUGAAUAUUAACGAAGCAGUCAAAGAACGCGUUAUAGAUCCAGAAGAAACUAAUCACAUUCUAAUACCCCUGGCCCAAUCUCUGUCCAUACCGAAACUUAUGGAACAAGGCCUGGUCGAUACAAAAACGCAAACAAUUGUGCAUCCCGAAAGCGGUUACGGUUUGAACAUUCGCGAGGCCAUAGUGUGUGAUGUCUUGGAUCAGUACUCCAAACUAAAGCGUCCCAUAAAAUGUACGCUAGAAGAGGCAAUUGAGAAGCAUAUUGUAGAUCCCGACGAGUCCACCUUUAAUGUAAAUGGUAAAGUUUUGACACUUGCCCAAGCUGUAAAUGCCGACAUUUUCGAAAAGACCAGUGACAAGGUGAAGCCGUUAGUGCCAAUACCACCCGUGGGCAUGACCUUCCCUGUGGUGGUGGAGAAAGGACUUCUAAAACCGGAAAACGUUUCUGUUAUUCAUCCGGAAAGCAGAAAAGAAAUCCCCUUAAAGAAGGCCAUUGAAGAGGGUUUCAUUAUGUCCAUACCAUAUCCACCACAAGCGGAUGCCGUGGAAGUUCACCAUGCAGUGCAACAGGGCCUUAUAAACAUCGUUGAUCAGACAUUUAGACAUCCUAAGGACAAUGGCCAAGCCACACCACUACGACCAGCCUUGGAAACAGGCCGACUAGUUGUGAAACCCAUCAGCGAUUUUGUUGUAACACAGCAACCCGUAGCGCGCACUGAGAUUAUGGAAACCAUUACAGCUGUACACACAGUGACCACAAAGACAAUUGAAUUGGUUCAGGGCUAUGUAUUAAUAUCCAACAAUGAGGUACAGAAUAUCAAAACUGGUGAAGUUUGGACUAUUGAAGAGGCUAAGGCAAAGGGUAUCUUAAAAGAAGAAGAAACCUCAAAAGAAUCUCGUUCUGUAACAGGCAACAAAGACAACAUCGAGGAACUCUUGCAGCAACCUAACACGGAAGACCAAACCACCAUUUCGGAGAGAGUUAUUCAGAACACUACAAAAAAUAAAAAUUUGAUAGUUACACAACAAGGCACAAUCCAAAUGGAAGGUCACCCUAUGCCUACCCCUGGCCAACCAAUGCCUGGCCAGGAAACUCCUAAGCAAGAUAGCAAACUAUCUGCUACCUUAAAUAAUGUUAAAGAAGCUGCAAAAAUGGGCGCUUUAGGAAUUGUUGCUGCUCCAGUGUUGGCUGGAGGUGCUUUGGUAAGUGGAAUUAAACAGUUGGUAAAAACAUCAAAAACAACGACAACAACCACAACAGAGUUUAACGAUGAAACCCAAAAAGUUAUAUCAACAUCAGCGACACUGGGAGCUGUAGAAACUAACGAUAAAUUCCCAAGAGAGACGGCACCAUCGCCACACAACCCUAAUGGCUCACACGCGUCUAGCUCCAUGACCACAACGAUAACAAGCACUGUGCCACAACAGCCAGGAAUAACAAAAGAUGCACCUAAACCACCAACCCAGGACAGUGCACAGUCUGACGAUGUAUUGCCCCAUUUGAAGGAUUCCAAAACUAAAGCAACAGAUGUGCACACCAUUGACAAUCUAAUGAAAGACACAGAAAAUUUCAUAAAUACAACAACAGCCAAUUUCAUAAAUCAAGAGAAAAAUGUAGAAGGGCAACACCUACCGAAAACUGGAGUCCAUUCACCUGCGGAUGCAACAAGGUCUCCAGAAGGCAACGACAAUCUUCAAGUAAAGCCUUCCGAUCAAACAACUUCAGCAUUGCCACAUGAGGAACCAAACAAAAAAUCUAAGGACAGAACACCAUCUGAUAAAGAUCGUACUGUCGACAAAGAUCGUCCGUUACAGGAAGCCUCUGAUAAUGCAACAAACAAAGGAGUUUCUUCUAAUGUGAUUAUAACCACGGAGACGUCUGCGACUACAACCGAUCCAAUCAAUGAAAUCGUUGAGGUUUCUGAAACAACUGGACAACCAAAGGAUAGAAAGCCAAGCUCAGGUGAUUUGGAAAGUUCUAAAGGCAACCAAACCACUACAACAACAACAACAAUCACGACAAGUAAGAUAACCAAAGGAGAGGGUUUUGAGCCGUCGGAAGGAGUUCCCUCUUUAACUGAAGCAUCAUUAAAAGGAAUAGUCGACGACAAAGAUCCCCAAAAGUAUGGUGUUGUAACCGAUUUUAUUAAACACGAAACCAAUGUACUCCACAGACCAGAGGAAUCUUUAGCAUCCCCAUCAGGAUUAAAAUCCCAGUUAGUCGAUGGUAGUUUACAAAGUGACAAGCCUGAAUCAGAUAAGCCACAGUUAAUUGGCCAAACAACAAGAACUACUACUACUACCACGAUCACAACAACUACCGAACAGGUUGGUCAAUUCAAUGCACCACUUCAACCAUUUAGUGAAGAUGUCGAAACAGAUCUAGAAUCUUUCGGCGGCGACAAGUCUCAGCAAGAUUCACCAAACAACAAGCAAGGUGAAAAACCAAAAGACGGAUCGUUGCCCGCAAACUUGUUAAAAUCAGGACAAACACCACCAAGUUCAAUUUUAACCGAAGAAACAACACAGAAGCACCCUUCUACCAUGGACAAAUCCGAAAACGACGAGUCUCAACAGUUCAACAAUGCGAGUACAGCACCGCAGGUCGCAUCUGGAGAAAAAUCACCAGUCUCCGCCACCGAUGUAUCUACAAUAGUGAAAUCCACACAUGGGGAAGACCCACAAACAUUCACACCCCUGGAUACCAAGGACAAACCUAGCUUAGCGGCAAGGAAAUCAACUGAUAAAUUAGGCGAUUUAACCCAACCACAGAAUGCUACCGACGACCCCCAUCGGAGAGUUGUUGAUUUCAUACAAGCGGAAAAAGGCGACCACACAGCAGGUAACGUUUUACAAAAUGUUAAAGAUGCUGCCAAAUUUGGUGCCAUGGCUCUUGUAGGCGCUCCUGUGUUGGCCGGAAAGGCAAUUGUCGAUGCCCUCAAAUCGGAAGGAAAGCCAUCGGAUGAAAAUAUCUCCGCCACCACCACCACUACUACCUACAACAAAACUACAACAGUCACCACAAUAAGUUCGACAACAACAAAACCGGUGGAUAGUACAACCAUAUCUGAGUAUAGUUCUGAAGGUGGCCCACAGCGGUUGACUCCGCCAAAAACGCUGGCAUUAGGCGAUGCUAUUUCACAAAAUCUUAUCUCUCCCGACGAGUGUAAGGUUGUUGUAGAUGGCGAAGAACAGGACCAAAGCGUAAGUGAGCUUUUGAAGGAGGAGCAGCUGAGUCCCUUGGACGAAGUGCAGGUGUUGGAUGAUAAAUUGGUUGUUCUGCAACCCAUGACCUAUCUAAUUGACGCUGGUGAUGAACUGACACCGGAACAUUUGAGCGAGUUAAACAUUUAUGAUCCCGAAAAUCAAUAUUUCAUCGACCCUUCAACAGGCAUGAAGAUUUCAUUCCAAACAUUGGUUUUCGAUAUGAACGUCUUUAAUCCGGAGACAAUUCUUGUAAAGAAUUUCAGCACUGGCAAAUACGAAACGUUGACAGAUGCCCUUGAACGACCACUGCUUGACAGGCAUACAGGGCAUAUGGUCGAUCCGAAAACUGGCAAAAAGAUUCCUUUCUUUGAGUGUGUCAAUCGCAACUGGAUUAUCCGUGCCAAUCCUGAGAAGGAGAAACCCGCAGCUAUUGAAAAUGUCAUUGACCCCGCAACUGGCAAGGUUAUAUUAGGCGAUGGUCGAAUUUGUUCCAUUGUUGAUGCCAUUAACAAUGGUCUGCUGGAUAUUCAAUCGAUAUCCGUACGCGAUCCCGUAAGUGGUGAGGUGAUUCCGCUGCGUAUGGCAAUUGAGUUGGGAGUUGUCGACAUGCAGGCCGGUACUGUAAUCGAUAUCCAAACAUUGAAAGAAAUUCCCAUGGAAGAUGCUUUCAAACUUGGUUUUCUUGUGCCUGGAGCUCGUAAACCCAUUUCAUUGGAGGCCGCUGUGCGCAAAGGUCUAUACGACCCCGACACGGGCAAACUGUAUGACUCGGAAUCCGAUAAUCAAGUUGACGUCCAGAAAUCUAUUGAAAUUGGUCUUGUCGAUCCAAAGAUAUCUUUAAUUGUCGACUCCAAGUCACAGAAGGCCAUUAAGCUUGAUUGUGCUAUUGAAGACGAGCUUGUGGUUGCGGAAACAGGUCAAGUAAAAGACACCAAAACCAAUACCCUGGUGCCAUUCAAUGUUGGCGUCGAAAAGAAGUUGGUGAAAACCGAUAGUAUUACAUGGAGUUUGCCUGAAGUUCUGCAGAGAGAGUAUUAUUCGCCAAAAACAGGCAAAAUUUUGAACCCUACCACAGGUGAAGAAAUUCUUCUGCAACAAGCCAUUGAAUUGGGCUUUGUGGAAAUUGAUUCGUGCCUGGUUAAAGAUGAUGACAAGAACUCAAUUGUUUCCGGCAAACAGGCCGCUAAGGAGGGACUCCUUGACACAGUUAGAGGCUGCUUGAAUAGCCCUAACAUCAAAUUGGAUGAAGCAUUUGUCAAAGGUUACCUAAUAAGCACAAAAAAACCCUUGUCCCUAGUUGAUUGUCUGCUCAGAGGUCUCUACGACCCAGAGACAUCCAAAUUCACCAUUGACGAUAAAACUGUAGAUCUUAAGACGGCAAUUACCUUGAAAUUAAUCAAUGCGGACGAGCUUGUACUGCUCGAUCCCAAAACGGAGUCUAUAAUUUCUCUAACGGAAGCUAUUGCGAAGGGCUACAUCGAUCCCGUUAAUGGAUACGUUAUUAAUCCUUAUACCGGCACCAAGUUAUCCCUGAAUGAGGCACUCGAAAACCGAGUUCUGAUACCACCAAAACGCAAACGCAGCUUACCAGAUGCCGUGUACCGUGGCCUGUAUGAUCCGAAGACGGGUGAAUUCAGCAACACCGUGACCCGUGAAAAACUCUCAACUGAACGUGCUAUUCGUAGAGGCAUUUUAGAUCCAGAUUCGACCAUUGUCAGUGUAGCUGGCGAAGUUAUACCAUUCGAGAAAGCUGCUCAGGUUGGCAUUGUUGAUAGCCAAAGGGGCACUGUAAGGGACGAUAACGAUAAAGAGAUUGACUUCAAAGAGGCCUUUGACCGUGGUGUGCUGCUCGAAGCAAAGAAACCUUUGCGUCUAAUCGAGGCGGUCAUUAAAAAUGUCUACGAUGAAUCUGAUGGUACGUUCAUGGAUCCAAAAUCGGGUCUCAAGCUUUCAUUUGCUCAAGCCGUUGACAACCAUCUUCUCGACGAAGACAGUGUACAGAUACGAGACUUCAACACCGGCUUAUACAAACAACUGAAUUUGGCCCACGCCACAGAGUCUGGCGUUAUCGAUGGCAAAAAUGCCAAAUUGGUCUACAAUAACCAGAAGAUUACAAUCAAACAUGCAUUUGAUGUUGGCAUCCUUAUGGACACACAAGCUCCCUUGAGCUUACAGCGUGCCCUACAUCAGGGUCUUUUCGAUGAGAAGACCGGCAAACUGGCAGAUGCCAAGACUGGACGCAAAAUAACUUUACUCGAGAGCAUACGCAGUUUUGUGAUAAACCCCCAAUUGCCCUGCUACUUUGACGAAAUAAAUGAGCAAAUGCACAACUUGCACGAGACCUGCCGCAUGGGCAUUAUUAAUCGCCGUGAGGGUGUUUUCCGCGAACCCGGCAGUAAUACGUUUAUUUCGCUCAACGAAGCCUUGAACUUGGGCCUCAUUGUCGACAUUGAAAAUGCAAGCUUUGGCCUAUACGAACUGCUGGCCAUGAGAUUCUACGACAUGGACACCAGAAAGGUAAUACAUCCAGUCACAGGAAGAAAAUUGAAUCUGAACGAGGCCUGCGUGGAAGAUGUUGUCAGCCUCUCAUCGAGUUUAGUGAAGAACCACAAAACAGGAAAGUACAUAAGACUAGCUCAAGCCAUAAAGGAAAACAUAAUCGACGACACCAACGGCUGUUACAAUCUCAGUCCCACCGAACAAAUUGAUUUGCAGGAGGCCCGGGCCAGAGGGCUUAUUGUUUCGAACCGUCGUCUCAUGAGCUUGGAACUAGUGAUGCGUAUGCACCUCUUCAGACCGGAAACCGGCAAGUUCUGCGACCCGACAACGGGCGAAUUUUACGAUUUGGCGGAAGCGAUUCAAAAUGGUUUUAUCGAUCCAGCUACAACGGCCUUCAAGAACCAUGUGACAGGCAAAGAAUUGCCUCUCAACGAAGCCAUUGCUAAUGGGGACAUCGAUGUGACCAAGGGUCGUGUAUUUGAUCCAAAAACAAAAUCUGCUUACAACUAUGAGGUAGCAUUGGGCCGUGGUAUUUUGGUGACUGUAGCAAAACCCCUGACCGAACGAUCUGAGGUUAUCAAUCGUCAGGAUAGUGUGGAGUUGUUAGGUCAAACACCAAUGAGUAUAGUCGUUAGCAAGCCUCGUGAAAUGUCAUUGGAGGAAGCCAUUAAGUAUAAUAUUAUUGAUCCAAAGACGGCUUUGGUUCGAGAUUUCGAUACAUUUAAGUUUGUUCCCUUCGAAGUAGCGCAAAACAACGGUAUAAUUGAUUUAAGCAAACGCACCAUUGUCGACCCAAAGGCAUUGUACUUUGUCUUCGAUCCAACGCUUGUCAUCUAUGUAAGAGAACCGGUAACAUUCGAGCAUGCAGCCGAAAUAAAGAGCCUUAACUUAGAAACCGGUAUGUUGACGUAUCACGAACCCAACGCAGCUGCACCCCAACAGACAAGCACUGCGGAUGACAGCACACAGCCCCCGGAGCCUGUAGUGUAUACCCUGAAAGAUGCUACAACGCUGGGCAUAAUAGAUCCCGACUCGGCAUUGGUCAAAGACUUGGCCAAGUCAAAAUUGGUUCGUUUGCCAGAAGCCUUCCGCAAAGGUCUUAUGGAUGCGAAUAAGGCCAAUGUCUUGAAUACCAAAACUUCAAAGUUGUGCACAUUGAAUGAAGCCUACGAAAGCGGGCUGAUAGUCACUCCCCGUCGUUCCUUUGGCUUGCUCGAGGGCAUAUCCUUUAACCUUUACAAUCCUACCAACGGUUGUUUCGUCGAUCCCUUCCAAAUGAAUCCCGACAUAAUUAAACGCAAAAAGUUCACACUUGCCGAAGCCAUAGCGAGUGGCCUGAUAGAUCCCACAUCAACGGUGGUGAGAAAUCCAUCGACUGGUGAAAUCCUGCCGCUGACGGCAGCCAUACAGAGUGGUCUUAUCGAUGCCCACGAGGGUCGUAUCUACGACGAAGUCGACAGUAAAAACAAUGUGGAUCUGGUUAAAGCCGCCGAGAAGGGUCUUCUCUUAGCCGCAGAACAAAGGCAAGCGGUAUUCGAAAAAUUCAACAUGUGCGAAGAAAAUGUUAAUGAGUUGCUCAAAUGGGUCUAUAGCAUUGAACAUAAGAUUGCCACCGUUGGGGGACCCAAGGAGAAGAUCGACGAGCUUCGCAACCAAAUUAAUGCCCUGAAGCAAAUCAAGGAUGAAAUCGAAAGCCAACAGCGCCCUGUCGCUACGUGUUUGGAGCAGAUUCGUCAGAUCGUGCUGACUGGCGGAGAUGUGCUGUCCGCUCCCGAAGUUACCACUCUAGAAAAUGCCGGGCGUGAGCUGCGCUCCCGAGUGGAUCGUGUUAAUGAUCGAACCGUUCGUCUAUUACGCCGCCUCGAGGCUGGGCGCGAUGAGCUCACAAAAUUGCGCAGCGAAUUGGACGUGUUCUCGGAUUGGUUGCAAUCUGCUCGCCGCACCUUAGAGGACAAAGAACGUGCCUUAUCCGAUCUAACGCGCCUCUCCUCCCAAUCAGAAUCGGUGAGGGAAUUUGUUAGUGAUGUUAUUGGACAUCAGGCCGAUUUGCGCUUCAUCACAAUGGCCGCACAGAAAUUUGUGGAUGAAAGCAAAGAAUUCCUAGCAAUUCUAAACGAGUUUAGAACAUCACUGCCCGAACGAUUGCCACAUGUUGAGCCAUUGGCAAGUGCCGAAAGCCCCAUACGCCAAGAGGUGUCCUUGGUUUCAGCCCAGUACAAGGAUCUCAUGAAUCGUGUCAAUGCGCUGCAGGAUCGAAUUUCUGGCCUUGGUGGCCGACAACGUGAAUACCAAGAUGCCCUAGACAAGGCCAACGAAUGGCUGCGUAGCACACAACCUCGUGUUAGCAGAUUAAUUGCUGAGCCCAUUGCCGGCGAUCCUAAAUCUGUUCAAGAACAAAUGAACGAAGCUAAGGCUCUACACAACGAACUACUUUCGAAUGGCCGUCUUGUUGAUAACGCCCAACAGGCUUUGGAUAGUUUGCUGUAUUCGUUGGGUGGCCAACUAAGCCCUAUGGAAAUAAACCAACUGGAAGUUCCAAUUUCAGAUCUGAAAGAUAAGUAUCAAAAACUGCUCGAUACUUUGGGUGAGCAUUGUAAAACACUGGACAAGACUCUGGUUCAAUCACAAGGUGUACAGGAAGCUCUGGACAACUUAGGCAGUUGGGUUAAUCAAGCCGAAGACAAAUUUAAGCUUCAGCUGAGACCAGCAUCCCUGAUCAAGGAGCGUUUACAAGAACAAAUAAGAGAACACAAAUCACUGUUGGCCGAUAUGCAGUCUCAUCAGGCCAGCAUUGACAGCGUUGAAUCAUCUGCAAAGCAUUUGAUGAGCACUGCUUCCAAUGCCCGCAUAGCCAAGAAGGUUGAAACUAAUCUCAAUGAUGUCAUUACCAAAUUUGAUAAACUCUUCGAUAAGGUGGUGAAACGCGGUGAAUUCCUCGAUGACGUCUCCAAUCGUUUGGGCAAGUACUUGGACGAAAUCAGCGGAAUUGAACAAGACAUUGUUACCUUACAAGAUGCUCUCGAUAGCCGAGACACCAAUCUGUUAUCUGCUGAAGAACUGGCCCGCCGCAUGCAAGAACUUUCCAGACAUAAAGAAUCUCUGACUCCAAGCUAUGAAGAUUGUAUACGAAACGGCAAGGACUUGAUAAGUAUACGCGAUGUCACGGAUACUAGUACUUUGAGGGACCGCAUUAAGGCCCUUGAAUCACAAUGGCGCAACAUUAACAUCAGUUUGGACGAAAAGGCAAAACUGUCCAAACAAAAAGCCGAACACCAAGUCGCCUACGAAUCCCUCAAAGACCAAGUAUUAUCGUGGCUUGCUAGUACGGAAACACGCAUUAGUGGUUUGGCACCGGUGGCUAUUGACCUGGACAAAAUACGCCAACAAAACGAUGAAUUGAAGCCUAUAUAUAAAGAUUAUCGUGACUAUGCCUCAACCAUUGACAAAAUAAAUGACAUUGGUUCUCAGUACGAUGCCCUUAUUCGUCCCGAGAGCCCCGGCCGUAAACGUUCAACGUUCAGUCCAAUUAAGCGGGUCAGCCCCUUGCGUCGCAUGUCCGGGGAUGCCAGAAGCCCUAGUCCCACUAAGGGAGGUAUUCUGUCGCCACUAUCAACUGGUUCCAGUGGAUUUGGUAGCCGCAGAUCCUCUCAAGAUGGCUUCCAAAUUUCCGAAUUGUCACCCGUACAGCAACAACUAAGUGAAAUCAAUAAUCGCUAUAGCCUUAUCGGAGUCCGCAUAAACGAUCGCCAAAACGAACUUGACAACAUGAGCGAAGAGGUGCGCAAACAAUUCGAGAAUCUCAAAAAUCUUGCCACAUUCUUAGAACGCAUUCAGCGUCAACUGCCAAAAGAGUCUGUUUCGAACAAAGACGAUGCCGAUCGUUGCAUUAAACAGGCGCGCAAAAUUCUCGAAGACAUGUAUGAGAAGCAAAGCCUCCUGGACACCACCAAAACUCAAAUUAAGGAUAUAUUACGUCGCAAGUCCGAUGUUCCUGGUGCUGAACAAUUACGCGUUGAGAAUGACAAUAUUGUAGAAAAAUGGAAGCAGUUGAGUGAUAUUUGCAAGAGUCGCAUUAACUUCUCCGAGAAGCUGCGCGACUUCCUUGAUACUCACAACAACCUCAAAAACUGGUUGGAUAGCAAAGAGCGGAUGUUUACAGUUUUGGGUCCAAUAUCCUCCGACCCCCGAAUGGUCCAAAGCCAAGUGCAGCAAGUACAAGUGCUGCGGGAAGAGUUCCGCACUCAACAGCCACAACUGAAACAUUUCCAAGAAAUUGGCCACGAUGUAUUGGAACACUUAGAUGCUGACACUCCGGAUGCAUCGGCUGUUGAUAAAAAGUUGCAGGAUAUUAAUAAAAGAUGGGAGGAUUUGGUUUCUCGUUUGGAUGAACGUGCCAACAGCUUGGGUGGAGCCGCCGACAGCAGCAAAGAGUUUGAUGCCGCAGUCAAUAGGCUUCGAGAAGCUCUGCAGCAAAUAAGUGACAACCUGGAUAGCUUGCCAUCGGAUGGCGAUCACCAAGAAAAUUUAAGAAAAAUCGAAAAUCUUGAACGCCAACUUGAAGGCCAACGACCACUACUGGCUGAUGCCGAACAAUCAGCCGCUGCCUUGUGUAACAUCUUAGGCGACCCCGCAUCUCGAGCUGAUGUUAAUUCGCGCGUUGCAGCUCUUGAGAAGCAAUAUCAAGCCCUGCAGAAGAAACUCGACACCAAAAAGGCAGAAACGGAAGCGACACUGCGAGAUGGCCGCCACUUUGCCGAAAACUGUUCGAAAACCUUGGGAUGGCUAUCGGGCGAACUAUCCAACCUGGCUGAACGUCUUUUGGUAUCCGCUCACAAGCCCACGCUCCAACAUCAAAUUGAUACCCAUGAACCCAUUUACCGCGAAGUAAUGGCGCGUGAGCACGAAAUCAUAAUGUUGAUUAACAAAGGUAAGGAUCUUUCCGAUCGCCAACAAGAUCGCACAGCGAAGCGCGAUUUGGAACGCAUUCAACAGCAGUGGGAAAAACUUCGUCGCGAAGCAGUGGACCGUCAUACGCGCCUUCAGACAUGCAUGGAGCAUUGCAAGAAAUAUGCUACCACAUCUGAAGUUUUCCUGGCUUGGCUAAGAACUGCAGAAGAUAAACUGACAGAUUUGACUCCCGGUGUGCUAUCAAAGUCAAAAUUGGACACACGUCUGAAAGACCUGCAAACAUUCCGCAGUGAGGUGUGGAAACACUCUGGAGAAUUCGAAAAUACCAAGGGAUUGGGAGAAACGUUCUUGACCAGUUGCGAUGUUGAUAAGGAGCCAAUUAAGGGUGAACUGCAAGAUAUUCGUGAGAGAUGGGAACGUCUUAAUAACGACCUUAUUGCGCGAGCUCAUGAAAUUGAAAACUGUUCGCGACGUUUAGGUGACUUCAAUGAUGAGCUUCGCAAUUUGGAUCAUGCUGUGGGCAGAUGUGAAGACCGUCUAGCCGCCCAUGACGCUUUGGGCGGUGCCGCCAAGGAUCCCAAACUAUUGGAUCGCGUUAAAGCUAUUCGCGAAGAAUUGACUAAUUUACAAAAGCCCCUACAGUCGCUUAAGGGAAUGGCCAAAGACAUUUGCGCUGAAGCUCGUGCUGCUGGCGGCGAUGCAGACCACCUGACGGAUGAUGUUGAUGGCAUAUCCGACCGCAUUGGUGAACUGCAAAGCCGUCUAGAUGAUCGUUUAGGCGAACUGCAAUCUGCUGCAACUGCUGUUUCUCAAUUCAACGAGCAAAUUAAGAACUUGGGCAUUGAUCUGAACGAAAUUGAAAACGAAAUAGAGAAACUUACACCUCCAGCGCGAGAAAUUAAGCGUGUACAAGGCCAAAUUGAUGACACAUUCAAAUUGCAAGCAAAACUGGAGCGAUUAGUUGAGCGAAUUGAAGAUGGCGAGCGUGCGGCAGAUGCCUUAGUUGAUGCCGGAUUUUCUCCAGACACUGCUCAAACACGGGAUCAAAUAUCAACUCUGCGUAAGACUUUGGUCCGCCUUGACAAUCGCGUUCGUGAUCACAGCCAAAAUUUGGAGGACACCUUGCGCUUAUUGCAGGAAUUCUACGACAUGGAAAGCCACACUAUGGAUGAUAUUCAAGACAUCACUGAAGAAUUCCGUCGCAUGAAACCUGUGGGAUCGGAACUUGAACAAAUUCGUCGUCAGCAAGAGGACUUCCGCAAUUUCCGAGAAAACAAGAUUGAACCUUUGGCCCAAAACGUUGAGAAGGUUAAUGUGGCCGGACGAGACUUGGUCAGGUCAGCAGCAAGUGGCGUUUCUACCACACAAAUUGAAAAGGACUUGGAAAAACUAAACGAUCGCUGGAAUGACUUGAAGGAACGCAUGAAUGAACGUGAUAGACGCCUUGAUGUCGCUCUGCUACAAUCAGGCAAGUUCCAAGAAGCAUUGGCCGGACUUUCGAAAUGGUUGUCUGACACUGAGGAAAUGGUAGCAAACCAAAAGGCGCCAAGCUCAGACUACAAAGUUGUGAAGGCGCAAUUGCAAGAACAAAAAUUCCUGAAGAGAAUGCUGUUGGAUCGACAAAAUUCCAUGUCAUCAUUGUCCUCAUUAGGCAAAGAAGUUGCCAACCACUGCGAACCCUCCGAACGAACAGCGAUUGAGAAGCAGCUGCAUGAUCUCAUGAAACGCUUUGACGCUCUCACGGAUGGUGCCGAAAAGCGUGAACAGGACCUCGAAGAGGCUAUGGAAGUUGCUAAACGCUUCCACGAUAAGAUCACACCCUUGGAAUUGUGGCUAGAUAAUACGGAACGUGCAGUUAAGGGAAUGGAACUUAUUCCCACUGAUGAGGAGAAGAUACAACAACGUAUUCGCGAACAUGGCCGCUUACAUGAUGAGAUUUUGGGCAAGAAACCUGAUUUUUCGGAUUUGACUGAUGUUGCCAGUCAACUUAUGCAUUUGGUCAGCGACGAAGAAGCUGUUAACUUAAGCGAGAAAGUAAGCACAAUUACAGAUCGCUAUACAGGUCUGGUAGAUGCCAGCGACAACAUUGGGGCAUUGUUGGCCGAUUCACGACAAGGUCUUAGACAUCUGGUGUUGACUUAUCAAGAGUUGGUGGCUUGGAUGGAGCGCAUGGAAAACGAAUUGAAACGUUUCCGUUCGGUGCCUGUUUACGCUGAAAAACUAUUGGAGCAAAUGGAUGUUUUAGUCGAACUGAAUGAGAACAUUGCAAACCAUGCUCCAAAUGUGGAAUCAACGGUAGAAUCUGGUGCAGAACUUAUGAAACACAUCUCUAACGAUGAAGCCAUUCAACUGAAAGACAAAUUGGACUCAUUGCAGCGCCGCUAUGGAGAGCUGACUAAUCGCGGCGGCGACUUAUUGAAGAGUGCACAAAAUGCCCUGCCAUUGGUAAAACAAUUCCACGAAGCUCACAACCGAUUGAUCGAAUGGAUGCAAGUAGCCGAGGCUGCCCUAUCUACAAGUGAACCACGUCAGUCCGAUGUAUUGCGUCUGGAAGCAGAACUUGUUGAAAUGCGACCGACGUUGGAUACUGUUAACUUAGUGGGACCGAAACUAUGUCAACUUUCUCCUGGCGAAGGAGCCUCCACAAUCGAAACAAUUGUGACACGUGAUAACCGCAGAUUUGAUGCUAUCGUUGAACAGAUCCAACGCAAGGCGGAGCGUCUUCACCUGAGCAAUCAACGUGCCAAGGAAGUAACUAACGAUAUUGAUGAGCUGCUCGAAUGGUUCCGCGAAAUGGAUACUAAUUUGCGUGAAGCCGAUCCACCUGCCAUUGAGCCAAAAUUAGUGCGCGCUCAAUUGCAAGAACAUCGCUCAGUGAAUGAUGAUAUAUCGAGCCAAAAGGGACGAGUGCGAGAUGUUACAGCCGCCUCAAAGAAAGUUCUUCGCGAAUCUCCUCAAAGCGAGAAUACUACAACUUUGCGCGAAAAACUUGACGAUCUAAAGGAAAUUGUUGAUACUGUUGCACAAUUGUGCAGCGAACGUUUGGGAGUGCUUGAACAAGCUUUGCCUCUAUCCGAACACUUUGCUGACUCCCAUGCUGGUCUCACCACUUGGCUGGACGAUAUGGAGCAACAAAUUUCCCGUCUUAGUAUGCCUGCCCUACGGCCUGAUCAAAUAACACAACAGCAGGACAAGAACGAACGUCUCCUGCAAUCGAUUGUUGAGCACAAACCUUUGCUGGAUAAGCUUAACAAAACGGGUGAGGCUUUGGGUGCCCUGGUUGCUGAAGAUGACAGCGCUCGCAUCAAUGAAAUACUCGAUUCGGAUAACGCCCGCUAUGCGGCUUUGCGUUUGGAAUUGCGUGAACGUCAACAGGCACUCGACAAUGCACUUCAGGAGUCGAGUCAAUUCUCAGACAAACUUGAGGGCAUGUUGCGUGCCUUGGCCAAUACCGUCGAUCAAGUGAAUCAACUAGACCCAUUGUCUGCCCUACCCCAAAAGAUUCGUGAACAAAUUGACGACAACGACGCAAUUAUGGAAGAUUUGGACAAGCGCACCGAUGCCUUUAGCGCAGUGCAACGUGCUGCCAGCGAUGUUAUCGCCAAGGCCGGAAACAAGUCGGACCCCGCCGUGCGGGAUAUCAAGAGCAAAUUGGAAAAACUUAACAACUUAUGGAAUGAUGUCCAAAAGGCUACUAAGAAACGCGGCAGCUCACUUGAUGACAUCCUCAAUGUGGCCGAACCGUUCUGGAAUCAACUGCAAAGUGUUAUGAAAACAUUGAAGGAUCUGGAAGAGACCCUCUCCUCGCAAGAACCACCUGCUGCCCAACCCCAGGAAAUUCAGAAGCAACAAGUAGCUUUACAAGAAAUCCGCCAUGAAAUCGAUCAAACCAAACCCGAGGUUGAGCAAGUGCGCCGUCAUGGCAGCAAUUUGAUGGACCUCUGUGGCGAGCCCGACAAGCCAGAAGUUAAGAAACAUAUCGAAGACUUGGACCAUGCCUGGGAUAACAUCACCGCGCUAUACGCCAAACGCGAAGAGAAUCUCAUCGAUGCCAUGGAAAAGGCUAUGGAAUUCCAUGAAACAUUGCAAAACCUAUUGAAAUUCCUCACUAAGGCCGAGGACAAAUUUGUCCAUUUAGGGCCAGUUGGUUCCGAUAUUGAUGCAGUAAAAAAACAAAUCGAACAGUUGAAGUCAUUCAAGGACGAAGUAGAUCCCCACAUGGUUGAAGUAGAGGCAUUAAAUAGACAAGCUGUUGAAUUAACGGAAAGAACUUCUCCUGAACAAGCUGCUUCGAUUCGAGAACCCUUAACCAUAGUGAAUCGCAGAUGGGAAUCUUUGCUGCGUGGCAUGGUUGAACGCCAGAAACAACUAGAACACGCUUUGUUACACUUGGGCCAGUUCCAACAUGCUCUCAAUGAACUGCUGGUGUGGAUAAAUAAGACCGAUGGCACAUUGGAUCAAUUGAAACCCAUACCCGGUGAUCCUCAAUUGCUCGAGGUAGAGUUGGCCAAGUUGAAGGUGUUGGCAAACGAUAUACAAGCACACCAGAACUCUGUUGAUACUUUGAAUGAUGCUGGUCGUCAAUUGAUUGAAUCUGAGAAGGGUUCCGUUGAAGCUUCAACGACGCAGGAGAAAUUGCGCAAGCUAAAUCAGGAAUGGAAGAUGCUUUUGCAGAAGGCGGCUGAUAGACAACACGACUUGGAAGAGUCAUUGCGCGAUGCUCAGAGUUACAUCGCUGAGGUUCAGGAUAUUCUCGGCUGGUUGGGAGAUGUGGAUGCUAUAAUUGGAGCUAGCAAACCAGUGGGUGGUUUGCCCGAGACGGCCACAGAACAGCUGGAACGUUUCAUGGAAGUUUAUAAUGAGUUGGAAGAAAAUCGUGUUAAGGUUGAGACCAUACAAGCUCAAGGUCAAGAAUACAUUAAACGUCAAAACCAAAUGAAGGUAUCGUCGAACAAUUUGACACACACCUUGCGUACGCUGAAACAGCGAUGGGAUGCCGUCGUUUCUAGGGCUUCUGAUAAAAAGAUUAAACUAGAGAUCGCUUUGAAGGAGGCCACAGAGUUCCACGAUACUCUGCAGGCAUUUGUUGAGUGGUUGAAUCAGGCAGAAAAGCAAUUGGCCAACGCUCAACCGGUCUCAAGAGUGCUGGAAACAAUCCAAGCUCAAAUGGAAGAACAUAAGAUCCUUCAAAAGGAUGUGAGCACGCAUCGUGAGGCAAUGCUAUUGCUUGACAAGAAGGGCACCCAUUUGAAGUACUUUAGCCAAAAACAAGAUGUGAUUUUAAUCAAAAACCUUUUAGUAUCUGUUCAACAUCGCUGGGAACGCAUCGUCAGCAAGGCUGCUGAACGCACCCGUGCCCUCGACCAUGGUUACAAAGAGGCCCGCGAGUUCAAUGACGCUUGGAAUAAUAUGAUGCAAUAUUUGCAAGAGACUGAAACUGUUCUUGAUCAAAUCAUCGAAGAGGCCACUUCUUCUAAAGAUCCGCAAAAGAUUAAGAAGUGUAUUGCCAGGCUAAAGGACACGCAUCGCCAGUUAACUGGAAAACAAUCGCUAUAUGACUCUACAAUGCGCAAUGGAAAAAAUCUAAUGGAACGCGCUCCCAAGUCGGACGAGGCUGUCAUUGGCAAAAUGCUUUGCGAACUCAAAGACCAAUGGACUCGCGUCUUGUCGAAGAGUAUUGAACGCCAACGCAAGUUGGAGGAGGCUCUCCUGCUCUCUGGUCAGUUUUCAGAUGCCCUGGGUGAACUUUUGGAAUGGCUUAAGAAGGCAAAACAACGUCUCAAUGAAGAUGGGCCAGUGCAUGGCGACUUAGAGACCGUCCAAGGCUUAUGCGACCACCAUAAACAUAUCGAACAAGACUUGCAAAAGCGCGCCACUCAAAUGCAGGGUGUUCUCAAGACUGGUCGCGACUUGGAACGUUCUGGAAAUAAUCCAGAUGUUGGCCGUCAAUUGGAUGAAUUACAGACGGUAUGGGAUGAAGUCAAGAGUGCGACAGCUAAGCGAGGAGAGCGCUUGCAAUAUGCCCUUAAAGAUGCCGAAAAAUUGAAUGGUAGCAUUCAAGCUCUAUUCGAUUGGCUUGAUCAUGCCGAGCACAAACUGCGAUAUGCUAAAAAUGCUCCCGAUGACGAAAAGAUCUCCCGUGAAAUGAUGGACAUGCAUAUAGAGUUCAUGAAGGACCUGCACAUACGUGAAACGCAAAAACACGAAACAUUCGAAUUCGCUGAAACGAUCAUUGGUAAAGCCUAUCCGGAUGCUAUUCCCAUCAUUAAGAACUGGUUGAGCAUCAUUGAAGAGCGCUGGGAAGAGGUCAAGCAAUGGGCAAUUAAUCGCGAAGCUAAAUUGGAACAACAUUUGCAAUCGCUCAAGGAUCUGGAUGAGACCAUUGAAGAACUGCUGGCCUGGCUAAGUGGAUUGGAAGCCACCCUUCUCAAUUUGGAACGUGAAUCGUUGCCGGACGAAAUACCUCCUCUGGAGAAACUCAUUGAAGAUCACAAGGAAUUCAUGGAGAAUACGGCAAGACGUCAAACUGAAGUUGAUCGAGCCUGCAAGCCCAAACAGUUACCUCCUGGUGCCCGCAAGAUGUCCAGAACUGGCAAAACCCCUGUUCGUGGCUCAAGCCAUGAUAUACGAGAACAGUCACCCGAUGGUACCUUAAGACGACAAAGCUUCAAAGGUUCACGUGAUCAAGGUCUCAAUAAUCGGAAAUCAAGUAGUCGCAUGACACCAAAUCGAGAUACACCUGAUAGAGAUCGCUUGCCUCAUUACGGUCCUCGCUUUUCACCAAGCUCCGUUGGUCCUGAACUAGAGUUCCGCUCUACCAGGGCUAAACUGUUGUGGGAUAAAUGGCGCCAUGUUUGGAUGCUUUCGUGGGAACGCCAGCGCCGUCUCAAUGAUCAUCUAAUGUAUCUGAAAGAUUUGGAGCGUGUACGCAACUUUAGCUGGGAUGACUGGAGAAAGAGGUUCUUGAAACACAUGAAUCACAAAAAAUCUCGUUUGACCGACUUAUUCCGUAAAAUGGACAAAGACAACAACGGCCUAGUACCUAGAGGCGAGUUUAUCGAUGGCAUUCUAAAUACCAAAUUUGAUACCUCGCGCAUGGAAAUGGGGGCGGUGGCCGACCUAUUUGAUCGCAAUGGAGAAGGUCUGAUUGAUUGGCAAGAGUUUAUUGCUGCCCUUCGACCCGAUUGGCAGGAGCGUAAACCACAAACGGACUCGGAUAAAAUACACGACGAAGUCAAACGUUUGGUUAUGUUAUGCACAUGUCGACAGAAAUUCCGCGUUUUCCAAGUUGGUGAAGGCAAAUACCGGUUUGGCGAUUCUCAAAAACUACGUUUAGUGCGCAUUUUGCGUAGCACAGUCAUGGUGCGUGUUGGCGGUGGCUGGGUCGCCCUGGAUGAAUUCCUGACAAAGAACGAUCCUUGUCGCGCUGAUGAACAUUUGGCUGAACUAAUGCCAAUAUUUGAACGUAUUCGUGCACAAGAACAAGUACCUUGCGCCUUCCCAAUACAUAUGGGCGCCGGUGGCACCGUAUUUGUACGUUGCAAUAGUAGUCGUUCAGUACCAUUAAGUCCACAUGUUAUGCAUUGCCAUCCUACAACACAUUGGGUACGGGAACGUUCCGGUCGUUCCAUGCCGAUGAAGCCAACCACACGCUCAUCACACUCUGCCUCAACACCUGACUCGUUAAGUGACAAUGAGGGAAGCCAUGGCAAUGUAUCGGGCCGAUACACCCCACGGAAAGUAACUUACACUAGUACGCGCACAGGUCUUACCCCAGGAGGCUCAAGAGCGGGUUCCAAACCCAAUUCUCGCCCUCUAAGCAGACAAGGCUCUAAGCCGCCCUCCCGCCAUGGAUCUACGCUGUCAUUAGAUAGUACCGACGAGCACACACCCUCUCGCAUUCCACAGCGCAAACAGUCGGGCGCCAGCACUGUUUCUGGUACUGGUACAACGCCAAGACCAUCCCGACUCUCGGUAACAUCGACUACAACUCGAACAAAUGGCACAACAACGAUAACCCGGAAAACAGCUUCCGGUUCAGCCAGUCCUGCCCCUACCAGAAACGGAGGCAUGAGUAGAUCAUCCAGUAUACCUGCACUAACAGGCUUUGGCUAUAAACCUAGCUAUCGUCCGUCAAGGAUACCGGUCAAAGUAUCAAAUUCAUUCGAUAAGUCCUUAAGUGCUAAUUCAUCACCAACCAACUCAACUUCAAACAGUCUGAAUCCUAAUUCCAGUUUGGGGCGAAACGUAAGUGGCACAUCCACGCCGUCGGGUAUGCAGACGCCCAGAAAGAGUUCCGCAGAACCCACAUUUAGUUCAACAAUGCGCAGCAGAACAUCUAGGGGUACAACGCCAGUGGAAAAACGGGAGCCAUUUAGACUUUGAAUUGUGUAAAAAAGUGAACGUAAAAGGAUAUCAAAACAAAUGCCACAAUACAGCAAAUCAUGUAGGACAACCUAACUAGGUGUUAAAAUCCCCACAAAAUCCUAUGAAAUUUUCAAAUAAAACUAACACCAAUUCGAUGCUACACAAAAAAAAAAAAUCACACACUGCGGUACAUUGUGAAAAAUGUAUGCACACCACAACUAAUCCUAUUGACGAAACCAUGUUCGCCAGAUGUUUCCAUAACAUUAAUGGUUUCCCCAUAGACAUUCUAUAUAACUAAAAUACAUAGUUAGACGUUAAAAAAUAGACAAGAAAAAGACAUAAACCUCAAUGAUUUGUACUACUAAACAAAAAACCCUAUUGCUACUUUUUUACUAUUUAUACAAAUUUAUAUACAUACUUAUAAAUACACAUAUAAUAGAUCUACCUUAAUUAUAACUAAACCCCCCACAUACAGACAGAAACACACAAAAACACUGUACUUUUUAUUAUUUUGCAAUCGCACUACUAAGUUGUAUUUAAUUGAAUCUACAUAAUUACUUACUACCCUUUUAAUUUGUGUUAAUUUCUCGGAAAAAUAUUUUUGUACAUACAAACUAUUAUAGAAAAAACACUCCAAGUGCUUUAAGUCAAAAAAACAAAAACAUUUGCAAAUGAAAACCAUAAAUACAAACAAAAAACCAAAAAAAAAACAACAAACAUUCGAAUUACAGUCAUGCCCGUUUCUGCAGAAUGUGACGAGGACAUUUGAAAUCGCCAGUUCAAAUUUACUCGCUCUAAGUUCGUUGCAUAAAUCGGGUAUGGUAAGAAAAAAAAAAUAA